UAUCGCAAUGAACAGACGUAGUUUAACAUGAAGACUGCUCAAGUUUUCGUCGCUUUGUUCACGCUUGUUUUGUACACGCGGUCAACGCAAUCGGAAAAUAUUCUAGGAAUAUUUUCAUACACUUUUGGUACUCCCUACAAAGUGGUUAAACCGUAUUUCGAAGCUCUAGUACACAACGGACAUAAUGUAACUAUCAUCUCAUCGAAAGAACUUCUACCGGACAUUGAGAACGUACGCCACAUUCGCGUUGCUGGUCUAGAUCGGAUCAUAGAACACGUCAUGAACUUUGAUUAUUCAGAUUGCUUGUACAGCAAAUGGAAGGAAUCUUUAGUAGCCUCCAGCUUUCAUUACAACAUGUCACACGCCAUUCUCAGUGACUCAGGAGUGCAAUCGUUGCUACAAGAUAAAUCCGAGCAUUUCGACAUGAUUGUCGUAGAGCCAACGUAUUCCGAUGCGCUUAUUGGAUUCGCAGAGCACUUUAGUGCCUCCCUCGUUGGUUUGUCGACAUUUGGUUCUUCUUGGCUAACUGAUCAUCUGGCUGGAAACUCGGCGCCAAGUAUUUACAGACCUAUACAACCAAUGGGCUAUUCUCAAGGUGAUUCGCUGUUGGAUAAAUGGAACAAUUGGAUUUACAUAUCCGAGGAAUGGUUGAUCGAUAGAUUGCUUAUUUUACCUGGACAACUGGAACUGUUCACACGAUACUUUCAACUUCCAACGUCGCGUUUACUUGAGCGACGCACAAGUUAUUCUCUGAUGAUGAUCAAUCAGCACUUUAGUCUCGGUCGUGUUCGCUCCAAUGUGCCCAAUGUUAUCGAGGUGGCGGGAAUGCAUAUGGCUGAACCCAGUGAACCGCUCGAGCCGGAGUUGCUGGACUUUGUUAAUGGGGCGGAGCACGGCGUCAUUUACUUUUCCAUGGGCAUGGAGAUUCUGAACAGAUGGCUGCCCAAAAAUAUGGAACAAAAGAUGAUGCAGACCUUUGCACAGCUGAAGCAGCGAGUUGUGUGGAAGCACGAAGAGCACACGAUGGUCAACAAGUCGGAUAACGUCUUCUUGAGUCCCAUGGCUUCGCAGCGUCAGCUGCUGGAUCACCCGAACAUGAAGCUCUUUAUCACACAUGGCGGACUGUUGAGCACCACUGAGGCAGCACACUCAGGAGUGCCUAUGUUGGCCUUGCCCAUAUAUUUCGAUCAAUUCGACAAUGUGGAGCGCAUGCUAAAGAUGGGUGUGGCUCGUAAACUGGAUAUUAACACUUUAACAGUGGAACUGCUGACGAAUAACAUCAAAGAACUUCUGCAGAAUCCCAUAUAUGCUCUUAAGGCCAAGGAGCUGUCGACGCGUUUUCGCGACCAACCAACGACAGCCCUCGAGAGAGCCAUCUGGUGGACAGAAUAUGUACUAAGGCAUAAGGGAGCUCCGCAUAUGCGAAUGACGGAUCACGACAUGGCCUUUGUGCCUUACUAUAAACUCAACAUAUUGUCGAUACUCUUUGGUCGUAUUGCGUUCUCCGGAUUAGUUGUUCUCUUCGCCUGCAUAUUUGCUAUAAACUUCUUUUUGAAAGAGUUUCAAAAAAUUGCCGAGGCGCCAUCGGUGUUUUACACAUCUAUAUGAAGAGAAAGAGUGAGACUCUGCUUACCGUUAACCGUUAAACGCACAAGUUAAUAUGAUAGUUCAUUGUUGUAAUUGUUACCGAUCUCUAUGCACUCAUUAUGCCCAGCUAGAAACGCAAUCUCUUUUAAUAUUAUUAUAUAUAUUAAUAGCUAAUAACA